AUGGCUGAUAAAGAGGCAACUGUUUACAUUGUGGAUGUCGGGAGGUCCAUGGGCGAGCGUAAAUAUGGGCGCUCAAUUACCGACCUUGAAUGGGCCAUGCAAUACGUCUGGGACCGCAUCACCACCACAGUCAUGACAGGCCGAAAGACAGCCACCGUGGGGGUGGUAGCACUACGAUCUGAUGAGACGUCAAAUGAUCUUCAAGAAGAUGACAGUUUCUCCAACAUUUCAGUUUUAUUCCAAAUUGGACAGGUUCUGAUGCCUGAUAUUCGGAAACUGCAAGAUGCAAUCAAGCCUAGUCAUACCUACAAGGGCGAUGCUCUCUCGUCCCUGGUUGUUGCCAUUCAGAUGAUCAGUACCUAUUGCAAGAAGCUCAAAUACAAGCGGGAGAUCGUGCUGGUGACCAAUGCCACUGGUUUGAUCAACAGCGAAGGCAUUGCUCAAAUAAAAGAGAAGAUCAUGGAGGAUGACAUCAAGUUGUCUAUAAUGGGGCCUGAUUUCGACGAUGCGGACUGGGGAGUGAAAGAAGAAGACAAGGAUGAGCGGAAGGCUUCAAAUGAAAAUCUUCUUCGUGAAUUUGCUACGGACAUUGGUACUUUCGGAACCCUUGAUGAGGCCAUUUCUGAAUUAGGGAUUCCUCGCCUAAAAGAGAUAAGAAUCAUACCAUCAUUCAAAGGCUUCCUCUCGCUUGGUGAUGCAGAGAAAUUUGAGACAGCGCUCCGCAUCCCCGUUGAACGCUGUCCCAAAACCUAUCUUGCUAAGCCCCCAACUGCCAGCUCUUUUGUUCAGCGAUCUGGUGGUGAGCCAGGGCAAGGGGAUUCAGGACCCAAUGCAAGUCAGACGGCAGGUGAAGGUGACACAUUGACAACCGUGAGAACUUCCCGAACCUAUCAGGUUGAUGACGAGUCUCUACCCGGGGGUAAGGCCGAUGUGGAGCGCGAAGACCUCGCAAAGGGAUAUGAGUAUGGACGCACAGCUGUGCAUAUCAGCCCAACAGAUGAGAACAUUACGAAUCUGGAGACUUUCGCAGGACUGGAGCUUGUUGGUUUCGUCACCACUGAAAAAUAUGAACGAUACCUACACACCUCUAAUGUCAAUAUGAUCACGCCACAGAAGGCUCAUGACAAAGCCUCUCUUGCCUUAUCAUCGUUUAUCCAUGCACUAUGGGAGUCGGAUAACUACGCCGUCGCUCGACUGGUAACCAAAGAGGCCAAGCCGCCACUGCUUGUACUUCUCGCGCCGUUAAUCGAAUCUGAUUAUGAAUGCCUCUUGGAAGUUCAGCUGCCUUUCGCAGAGGAUGUUCGAUCAUAUCGAUUCCCGCCCUUGGAUAAGGUCGUUACUGUGUCAGGAAAGAUUGUCACCGAGCACCGCAACCUCCCCAGCACUGAUCUGCAGCAGGCUAUGGACCAGUAUGUGGAUAGUAUGGAGCUAGACUUGAAGGAUGAUGAUGGAGAAAUAAUUCAAGGGCUCCCAAUCGAUUAUUCUUUCUCUCCACUACUGCAUCGCAUCACGUCUGCGGUACGAUGGCGCGCUGUGCAUCCAAAUGACCCGGUUCCCGAAGUACCAGAGCGACUUGUCAGAUUUGCCCAUCCCGAUGAGGACCUGGUGACAAGGUCUAAAAAGCAGUUAGAGAAGCUCAUCUCUGCUGCAGAUGUCAAGAAAGUUCCACCCAAGACCAAGGGCCGCAAGCGCAAUCGCGAAACCGAGAAGCCUCUUUCUGGUCUCGACAUCGACGCGCUCCUCAACCAGGAACCCAAGCGUGCCAAAAUCUCUCCAGAGAACGCCAUCCCUGAAUUCAAGCAGCUGCUUUCUCGUGCUGAUAAUGUCGAGGCUAUUAUCAACGCUGUCAAUCAGAUGGGCACUAUCAUUGAGAAUCAAAUCAAGCACAGCCUGGGUGAUGCUAACUACAAUCGUGUUGUCGAGGGGCUGGGAACUAUUCGUGAGGAGCUAAUCGACUACGAAGAACCAGCUGCCUACAAUGACCUUUUGAAAAGUCUGAAGAAAAAGAUUCUUGGCGAAGGGCUUGGUGGGGAUCGGAAGGAACUGUGGUGGUUCCUUAGGAAAAGUAAAUUGGGACUUAUUGAUCAAAAUGAGUCGGAGCGAUCUGACGUUACAGAGGACGAAGCGAAUGAGUUCCUAUCGGCUGCAUAG